AUGCCAUGGCCCUUCUCCUGGCCAUCCUAUCCUCAAGAUGCCUCCUCCUUGACCACCUCUGAAGCUAUCAAUUCAGCUCGACAACAAGCCCAGACCAUCCAGGCCCAAGCGCAAGAGACAGCAACCAGCAUCAAAGACAAAGCCUCUGCUGUUACGAAUGAUGCAAGCACGCGCAGUCGUCUCUUCCAUUCCUUCACCCAACCUAGCACCCUCAUCUCAACAGCCAUCCUAACCACAACCGUCCUCUCGCUCUUCGCUCUCCAACGACGCUACCUCCGCCGCUACCCAACAGCAACAUCUCUCCCACAAACCUACAUCCUCCCCUCAACCCGCCGCUUCACCCGCUCAAUCUUCGGCCACGUGACCUCCGUCGGCGACGCCGACAACUUCCGUCUCUUCCACACCCCCUUCGGCCAUCUAGGCCUCUGGGGCAUCCUGCGCAAAGUCCCAGAAGACACAAAAGCCCUCAAGAACAACACCAUCCAUAUCCGCCUGGCGGGGAUCGACGCGCCGGAACUCGCGCACUUCGGGCGGCCGGCGCAGCUUUACAGUAAAGAGGCGCUGGAGUGGUUGACGAGCUACCUACGAGGACGACGGGUACGGUGUUAUGUGCACAAGGCGGAUCAAUAUUCGCGAGUCGUUGCUACGGUCUAUAUCUGGAAGGGUCUGUUGAGAAGGGAUGUAGGGCUGCAGAUGCUGCGGGCGGGGUUUGCGACGGUGUAUGAGAGUAAGAGUGGAGCUGAGUUUGGUGGGAAGGAGCUGGAGCAGAGGUAUAAAGAUGCGGAGGAAAUGGCGAAGAGGAGGAGGAGAGGUAUGUGGAAGGAUGGAGAGAAGCUGGAGUCGCCCAGGGAGUAUAAGAAUAAGUAUAGAGAGGGUGGUGAGGGCAAAGGAUGA